UUCAUUAAAUGAACUCACAUCUGUCCGUAUACUCCUCUAGUAAGCAAGGUGCAAACAUUAAAAAUUACCACAGAGGAGAAUAUUGCUGUUGUUAUGAACAUCCAGGGUGCUCCACAUUUCAUAUUAAUGGCCCGCAGCUCCGACUAAUUUUGAAAAACCACCCUGGGGAGCAGGAAGUGUUUAGAGAAGCUUGAUUCAAUUCACAGGUAUUUUACAACAGACUUCAGCUGUCUGUGAAAGGAACUGGAUCGAUUAGUGGCACAAUUCAUUCACUCUCCUAACCGCCCCCUUUCCAUCAAACUUUCAUGACCUAUUGCUGGCAGCAUCUUGACAGAGCACAGAAGGUUCACAGAGGAUAUAAGUAGAGGCAGAGGAAACACCACCAGCAGCUACCCUGAACCUUCUACUCUCUCAUUGUCUCUGCAGGCGCCAGGCUUACAGGACCUGUGAUACCAUGAAGGGUUUGAAGACUGUCACAAUAGCGUAUGUACUCACACUUUUAUUACUGGCAACAUUUAUCUCCCAGUCACGGAGCACGCCAAAGGGCUCAUUCCAGCGAAGAAACUGGACCCCGCAGGCUAUGCUGUACCUCAAGGGCACCCAGGGAAGAAGGUUCAUCUCAGAGGACCGAAAAGAAGGAGAUGUCUACGACACUCUUCACCUAGAGACUCGUAGUCACAACACAGAGAAGCUGACUGUGGACCAGGCUGCUACUGUUCUGCUUAAUUUCCUACAGCAGGCUAGAGAGGGAGCUGAUGAAAACGCAGAUGAGGUGUAUAUCCAGGAGCUACCAGUGUGGAAGAGGGAAUAUUUCUAAUGUUUGUAUCAUUGCCAGACAACCUCUGAUUUGUUCUGUGUGGGGGAAAAGGAAGCUGUAAAUAUAAAUUCUCUAAAUAUGAAAUGUGAUGUUUUAAUAAAAAGAGUUUAAUUGAAACUGUUUGGGGCAAAUUUUCUACUUUUAUGGUCAGUGUUAUUUUUCAGGUAUAUAAUCAAUCCCUGUAAAACAAAAAAUCAAUUUGCUCCAGAUUUCAAAAAUAUGAAUCAAGAAUUUAAACAAAACUGAAAUUGGGUUACUUGGAAAUUCAAGGAAAGAUAAGUGUAAACGUGAUGAUAAAUAAUAAAAUAGAGUACAUCAGAAUUUUUGCAAUAUUAGACCACAAGAUUACCUUGGAAAACUCAA